CUGUUGUCACUUCCGCCCCGAGAUGCGCUCUGCGUCCGGGUCGUUUGCGGCGGGGCACUAGGCUGGGUUGUGCAGCACCGGCCGGGGGGAGCGGGCUCCUCUCGGCGUUGUCUUCUGCGACCUGGCAGUCAGCCCCACGUCGUCGGCCUGGCGAGUCCAAGAGGACGAGGGGGCCCAGGCUUCCUCCGGGGACAUUGGCCCUCCAGAUUAUCCAGGACUGGUAGCUGACAUCGAGUCCAGGCUAAGGAUGGAAGGUGUGGAACUUAAGGAAGAAUGGCAAGAUGAAGAUUUCCCAAUACCUUUGCCAGAAGAUGAUAGUAUUGAAGCAGACAUACUAGAAGUAACUGGACCGGAGAGCCAGCCUGGCUCCCUAGAAGUUAAUGGAAAUACAAAAGUAAGAAAGAAAUUAAUGGCUCCAGACAUUAGCCUGACCCUGGAUCCUAGUGAUGGCUCUGUGUUGUCUGACGACUUGGAGGAGAGCGGGGAGAUUGACUUGGAUGGCUUGGACACGCCCUCAGAAAACAGUAAUGAGUUUGAGUGGGAAGAUGAUCUUCCAAAACCCAAAACUACUGAAGUGCUUAGGAAAGGCUCAAUUACUGAGUACACCGCUGCGGAGGAGAAGGAAGAUGGACGGCGCUGGCGUAUGUUCAGGAUUGGAGAGCAGGACCACAGGGUGGACAUGAAGGCAAUUGAGCCCUAUAAGAAAGUUAUCAGCCAUGGAGGAUAUUAUGGGGAUGGGUUGAAUGCUAUUGUCGUGUUUGCUGUCUGCUUUAUGCCCGAAAGUGGUCAACCUAACUACAGAUACCUGAUGGACAAUCUCUUUAAGUAUGUUAUUGGCACUUUGGAGCUGUUAGUAGCAGAAAACUACAUGAUCGUUUAUUUAAAUGGUGCAACAACACGUAGGAAAAUGCCAAGUCUGGGAUGGCUCAGGAAAUGCUACCAGCAGAUUGACAGAAGGUUGCGAAAAAACUUAAAAUCUCUAAUCAUUGUACAUCCAUCUUGGUUUAUUAGAACACUUUUGGCUGUCACAAGACCAUUUAUUAGCUCAAAAUUCAGCCAAAAAAUUAGAUACGUCUUUAAUUUGGCAGAAUUAGCAGAACUUGUCCCCAUGGAAUAUGUUGGCAUACCAGAGUGCAUAAAACAGUAUGAAGAAGAAAAGUUUAAAAAGAAACAAAAAAGAGUUGAUCAAGAACUUAAUGGAAAACAAGAUGAACCAAAAAGCGAGCAGACAUCAAUGCAAGCCUGAACAAGAAGAACGGUUUCCUCCUCCUGAGCCAUGGCGUAUCAAUUAUACAGAAAUACCACUUUGGGAAAC